CUGAGGUUACAUCCAUGUGACUUGAAGCUUGAUGGCGGGGCAGUUUAAAUGGAUUCCUACGAUACCUAGGUAGGUAGGUAUGUAUCUACCUAUUCUUAGCUGAGAUGUCUAAUGUAUCUUUCGGGGGGGUAACUAGCAUUUUAACCUCAAACUCCGGAUAUUCCCAUGCCUAGUCUUAUGUUGGUCCUUGAUAAUAUUCUGCUUCCUAACAUUCAUUCUUGUGUCGAACCCCUAUUCAACUUACAAUGCCGGCUAUUACAGACCUUCCCACGGAGUUACUCCAGCUUAUCGCUGGAAGAUGCACGGCCCUAGACAUUUUGGCGCUCAGUCGGACAUGUCGAAUUCUUAACGACGCAUGUAACGCUGCUGCCGUCUUCCGAAUGUCGUUCCAGCUUUAUCUUCCAAAACUUACCUCCGCCACCUUCGAGAGUAAGGCCGCAUUGGUGCGUUUUAUGGAUGGCUACGUUGAUGGUCCCAACAAGCCUUGUCAGCGCAAUGAAGGCCCAAGGAUGACAUGGCUUUGUCUCGCCAUGGCUGUAGCCCGACUUCCAGGUGUCAAGGCGGAUUUGGAAAGAUUAGCAGAGCCAAUAGCAUCAACUGUUAAGAUUCGCGGGAAUCUCACACUGACUAUGAGAAGACCGCCGCAACUAAGCGAAGACACGAAAGCAUCUCUCCAAGGUCUAAUAGCUUUGCUUUCUACGUUACCUAUCUGGGGGUAUACAACGGCCUGCAAUUCUGGUAUCUCUGCUAUACUUGACAAUUUAUGUCCCAGUCUCUUUUCUCUAUCUCCAGACUUGAACACUAUCAGAAUUGAUCAGUGUAUCGGCGGCGAGAAUCCCCUACAGUUCGCUUUCUGCUUGGCUUUAAGUAAACUCGAAACGUGGUGCCAGUCUAGAGCACACCGUUCAACUAUCGAGCUUCCAGUAACGAAUAGCUACCUCACAAUUAUCAAGAAAAUAUACGACGGCAACACACUAUAUCAAGGAUACGACAAAUUCCAAAAUUCGUGGAUAGGUAGGCAGACACAUACGCUCCUUCUAAUAGAACUAGUUGCGCGAAACAUUUACUAUACAUCACAAGAGGUCCCAAAUCCAAGAAACAUUGAAUUCUUUGGUUCCUGGUAUUUCGAAAGCAGCCAAGAAGAUGACGCUGAACAUGGUACGUGGAUGGGAGCUACGUCUCUACGAGCACGAUUCCCACUUCCUACGCCCAGUCUUGUGACUAUCGGAGGGAAGAAAGGGCGUUAUUUCUAUCCCUUCGCCGGUGAUGGAUGGUGGUCGUGGUAUACCACACGAGUGCGCGACCUGGCAAGGGAAGUCGAGGGAGAAUGGUGUGGAACCUUCGUAUACAGCCUACUCCCGGGAGCUCGCGUCGGCCCUCCCAUUAUAAUAUCCUUUUACAAGACUAACAUCGACGGCGAUACAUACUCACUAGAGGCAUCUGAUGGGAUAGACGAUAUCGGCCCAUUUUCUUUGCACGGCGAAGUGAAUGCUUCGCCCGUGGCGUGCACUGUUCGCUUACGGAUGCAAUACUCAUCAAUGACGAUUGAAUGGCAAGGCUUAGUUACACCGCUGGGUGUUUGUGGUGGUUGCUAUAUACCUGAACCUCAGAUGUCGGCAUCGCGCGCCAUUGGAUAUUUCUGGCUCUGGAAAAAAGAAUGGCUGGGCGAAACGGGUAAUACAUGUAAUUGAGGGGGCAACGCUUAUUUCUUACUUCAAUGUUGCCAUGCAAAUGCAUACCUUAUAUUAUGUUAGUCUAUUAUAGCCUGUAUUUAUAUGUACCUGGUUAGGUAGUUACUUGCUUUAUCUAAAGAAGGCAUUCAGAACUUAGUUAAUCCGUACACUAUCA